AUGACUAUGACAACAGUUAGUACGGCGGAGAAAUCAAAACGUUGGAAUGUGAAUGGGUUUGAGGGCAAAAGAGAAAAACGAAAAUCGUUGAUUAAGGUGACCGGACAUGAUGAUCGGCCUGUCGAGGCAGCCACGGUAAAGAGCACGGGUCCCAAACACAUCAAUAGUAAAGCUGGUGACAAAGGUCAGCCGGCCGUGAUCGGCCGAUCUUCGUCAACCAGCUGCGGUACCAGGAGGUCAGUGGCGACAAUAACCCGGGUAGGUGAUCAGAUGGCUAACCCUAACCUUAAAAUGACUGCAUUAGUGCCGUUCACACCCCGGACCCGAACCCAACCACGACGGACUUCCACCGACAGCAAGUGCACGACCAAGAAGUGGAAGUGCAACGAGGUGAUAGAGGACGAACCGGCGACGGACCAGUCAAAUAGUAUAGGGACGAUAUGGCAAGACAUCACCUUGCCCACGCGACUGCCCAAGGUUCCGGUUCCAAAACCGGUUCUUUUCGGUACGGUUCCAGUCCCUGCCAAGUACCAUACGCCCAUAGACCCAGUGACCAAGUUAUUUCUGAAAAUGACGUCCAACGAUAGAUGGAGAAGAAGGCCCGCUGACAAAUGCACUAAACCUUUUUUUACUUAA